CUUUUUCUUUUUUUUUAUAACUAUUUUUAUUAUUUUUAUUUUUCUUCUUUUUACUUCAAACGAUAAUAGAAUACAUCUUUUUUUCUCUCUUUUCUUUUUUACAAGUACUUUGCUAAAUCAUUAAUAGGUCAUCUUAAUGAAGUUUGGCAAGCAAAUACAAAGUCAACAAUUCACAGAAUGGAGUCCUUAUUAUUUAGAUUAUAAGGGCCUUAAAAAGUUUAUCAGUUCGUUAUUAAAAACUCCUGCGGAUAGUUUGAGAGAACUAGGUUUACCACCUAUUGGGGUUGAGGAAGAUCGAGCAAAGUUAUUACAAUCUCAAAAGGCUGCUUUUUUCUUUAAACUAGAACGUGAACUUGAAAAGAUUAACUCAUUUUAUCUUCAAAAAGAAAAUGAAUUAAAAGUUAGACUAAGGACUCUAAUUGAUAAAAAAAAGGUCCUCCAAUCAGAUACACGUCGAUUGAAACAUGCUUCAACUUUAUAUAAAGCAAUACAGGAAGCCUUUAUUCAAUUUGAACAAGAAUUAACAAAGAUUCAGAAAUAUGUUCAAUUGAAUAAUGAGGGCUUUCGAAAGAUAUUAAAAAAAUGGGAUAAACGAUCUAAAUCAUCUACAAAAGAACUUUAUUUAUCACGUCAAAUUGAUAUUCAACCUUGUUUUAAUACUCAAAUCUUAUGUGAAUUAUCCGAUAUGGCCUCUGCUAAUCGUAUUGAACUCGCUAAUAUUCAAGAGGGUAUACCUAUAAGUCCUAUUUCUUCAACUAACAAUCAUGAUACUUUAUCUUUAUCUCACUUUAAUAAUAACAAUAAUGCGGAUGAAAUUGAUGAUAUUGAAUUUGAAUUAGUUAAGGCUGUUUCAAGUACUCAAACUUCACUUGUUCGAGAAAUUUUAGACAGAAUACGUCAACAUCCUUCCUAUGAAGAUCAUGGUAGAUUAACUCGCGUCUUUUGGCAUGCUUGUUCUGAGGCUCCUAAAGAAAUCAUUGACAUCUUAAUUGAUACUCAUCUUGUUGAUUUUCAAUAUGUGGAUGAUAUUAUGGAACGUUCCUGUUUACAUGUAGCUGCUAUGAACGGAAGAUUGGAUUUAUUAGAAAUUUGUACUCAUCAUGGAACUAAAGUAGACUCUACGGAUGCUUAUGGUAGAACUGCACUUCAUUAUGCUACUAUGAAUGGUUUUAGUCAUUGUCUUUCUUUUCUUUUAACCUGUCAAACAAUCGAUAUUGAACAUCGAGAUCAUGAUGGUUUUACCCCUCUUAUCUAUGCAAUCAUGAAUGGUCAUACCCCUUGUGUUGAAAUCUUGAUUCAGGCAAAUGCUAAUAUUGAACCACGUCAUGAUGGCGAUCAUAUCCCUUUAUCGCUUGCUUGUCAUUUUGGUCAUACUGAUAUUGCCCUUAUCUUAUAUAACCAAGGCGCUAAAAAUUUACCUAAUUCGGAAUCUCUUUAUCCUCUUCAUCUUGCUGCUCGUCAAGGUCAUGUAGAAUUAUGUCGUGUCUUGGCUCAAAAGAAAGAAGAUAUUGAUAAACCUGAUAAAUAUAACUCUUGGACUCCUCUCUUUUGGGCUGCUAAUGAUGGUCAUGUGGGUUGUGUGCGGAUCUUGAUCAAUGCAGGUUGUAAGGUCAAUGCAAAGGAUGAAAAGGGGAAAACAGCUCUUUAUUAUGCUGCCUGGGAGGGUCAUAUGGAUUGUGUACAACUCUUGUUAGAUGCGGGUUGUGAAGUCGAAUUGAUGAAUGAAACCAGGCCCCCUCUAUCAUCAUCAUCCGCAUCUCAGAGUCCCUUUGUGAGUCAGAAGAGCAGUAGUAACGACCUUAAUGGACCCGAUUUAGAAAAUGAAUUAGAUGCUAUCCCUUCAUUAUCUCUUCCGCCCCCUAUUAUCCCAUUUAGAAUUUAUGGUCAUAAUUAUCUUGAUCGCAAGUACCAAGUUCAAAUCAGUCUUCAUCAACCUCCUAUCCGUUUAUAUGAUAAUGCCCAAAUUUCCUCUAUGCGUUUAAUCAUCUCAUCCAAGCCUGAUACUGGCAUGAUCCCUCAUAGUGUCAUCUUACCUUUAGUAAAUGACCGUGAUGUAUUUAACUUUCAAGUAGAUAAAUUAAAUGAUUUUCUGUUAGAGUUUGACAUUUUAGCUACAUUUGGCUCAAAGGUCUUGGGACGCGCUGUAGCCUUACCUCAAACUUUUAUUCUUGUCGAUUUCAAGAUAGCCGAGGGUCAUUGUACUCUACCUUUAUUAGAUGGUCAUUUAAAAGUGAUAGGUGAACUCUCUUAUGAUUAUUCUGUUAUCAGUCCAUUUCGCGGUGUGCAAUUAGAAAUUGGGGGUCGUAUUGAAACUUAUUGGAAAUCAACCAAUACCGUUUUGCCUCUUCCUUCUUCUCAAAUGAAUGAAGACCCUAUCCUACACACAACUACUUUUUAUUCAACCAUCACUCCCUCAACUACUAGUUCUGUCAAUGGUUCUUCCAACACUUCAUUCUCGCUUUCAUCUACAGUUCCAUCCUUUAUUACUGCAUCAUCCUUAUCAGGAGAUUAUGUACGUGUCGUUAUUCAAUUAACAAAGGACCUUGUACCUGUUGUAUUUGCGAACUGGAUGAUAUCCUAUCAAGGCUUAGAUUUGGCUGUAUCUGAUUUAACAUUACACCAAUUUUUGCGAAUGGGUGAAGCUAUCUUAAAUGAUAAAAGGCCUCAUUCACAAAGCAAUUUAAAUGAUACCUGUCCUAUUACUGGAAAUAGUUUUAUUAUACAAAAACUAAAUGACUACAAGUCAUUCUUGUCAUUAGAGCAAGUUUUAAAAAAACUCCCUCUGAAUAUGGGCUUACAUCUUGAAUUAAAAUACCCUUUACCUAGUGAUCAAAGAUUAUAUUCAUUUACCAAUAUAACAUGUCGAAAUACAUUUGUAGAUACAAUUCUUCAAUGUAUUUAUGAUCAUGUACGCUCAUUAUCUCCUGAUACAGCGAGUCGAAGUUUAUUCUUUUCGUCUUAUAAUCCAGCUAUUUGUAUGGUAGUGAAUUGGAAGCAACCUAAUUAUGCCGUUUUCUUUAGUACAUAUUGCGGGUUCAGUAUGCACCGAGGAGUUAAACGUAAUCAUACUACAUUAUACACGGAAGAGGAGAAUAUAGAUAUUCGAUGUUCUUCCUUAAAGGAAGCAGUCAAGUUUGCAAAACAAAAUAAUCUAUUAGGUCUCAUUUGUGGUGCACAAACUUUAGUUCAAGUUCCUGCAUUAAUUAAGACAGUAAAAGAAAGUGGUUUAAUUCUUGUCACAUCAGGAGAAGUAAAUAAAGAUAUAGCGUAUCGACAUAUUCAAGAAUGUUAUGGAGUAGACGCUAUGAUGAUUAAUCAAGUUGUGCAUUUCAAUCGAAUCUCGAUGGCUGGUUUUUAAAAAUUACUUACUUUGUAGCUAUUGUAUAUUACAUGUGUUUCUUCUUAUAUCUUGAUAAAUUUAAAAAUGAAUAUUUUUUUGCUGCUACUGUGAUACAAUAAUGGAGGUUUUUUUUUUAAAAGAAAACACACACACACACACACACACACACACACACACACA